AUGUUGCAUGAAUCCAGUGAUGCUGUGGAAUCCGUGAAAUCGAGCGACAAUAUAGUUGCAAUUUUAGGAUUGGUUGACUUUGUUACAGAUGGUCAAAGAGUUUUCGGUUCGCAUAACGGAGUUCCGAUGAUGCAAAAGAUAACGGCGAGCGGAUGUUCAGUCACUGCUCAGAUUGCUGCUUUUGUUGCAAUCGACCCAGCACACGCUUUUGAAGGCACGACAUCUGCGUUUUUUGUAUUUGGUUUGGCCGGCGACAUCGGAAUGGAAUUGGCAAAAGGUUCGGCGUCACUGAGAGUGCCUCUGAUUGAUUCCCUCCAUAGCCUCGAUCAAGACACUGUUCUUGAAGAAUUGUGA